AUGUCAUUGGCUAGAGAAAAAUAUUUGAAAAGAAAAAGAGAACUUUUAGAAAAUAUAAAUUUAGUUGAUAUAGGUGAAAAGAAAAGUAAUACGGGGAAAAAUGAAGAAAAUAGUAAAUCUGAUAAUAUAAAAAAGGAAAGUAGAUCAAGAGAUUUUAUAAAAAAUGAUAAUAGAACACGAGAUAGUUUAAAAAAAAAUGAUCGUGUUGAUUAUAUAGAUAAUGAUAAGAAACAUUUAAAAAGUAACAAUUAUAACGUGUUAACCUCAUAUAAUAAUAAAGAUAUAAAAAAUGAAAAUAGAGAUUUGAGGAAAUCACCUUAUGAUCAUAAAAGGUUAAGUAAUAAAAAUGAACAAGAUAUAUUAAGUAAUAAAAAAAACAGAUCAAGUGCUAAUUUACAAUAUAAUAAUGAUUACAUACAUGGAGGUAAAGACAACAAUGUAUUAAUAAAUAACAAUAAUAAGAUAGCGAAUUCUACUAAUAAUAUAAAUGAAUAUCUAAAAGAUUUAAACAAUAUAGAUAUUAAUGAUAGCUUAAUUUUAUUAUUUUAUGUAUGUAAAUUAUUAUUAGAUAUGUGUUCAAAUGUUAAUGUGAAUCAAAGUAGUAUGAAUACAUCAGUAACCUCUGUUGAGAUGUUACGAGAUAUGAAAAGCAAAAAUCGUAAAAAUAUAAAAUUAUUUAAAAUUAAUAUAUUAAAUAAUAUUUUAAUAUAUUUAUCGAAUGAAAAUGUAAAUAAUUUAACUCAAGGAAAUCCAAAUUAUAAAGAUAAUAAUUUUGAGAAAAGACAUGAAGAAAUAAGAAUAGAUGAAAAGUGUAUAGAUAUUGAACAUGUGGGUAUAAACAUUGUUAUUAAAGUUAUAUAUAUAAAUAAUAUAAAAAAAUUAAUAUUUAAAUAUUUAUAUUUAAUAAAUAAUAAUUUCAAACAUGAUGGAGUGGGUAAUAUAAAUAUGUAUGAUGGAAGGAUUAAUAAAAAUGAAGACCAAAAUUAUUUUAACACACCAAUGAUGGAACAGAAAAAUAUUAAUUUUGUCAAUAAUAAUAAUAUGAAUAAUUAUCAUUAUAAUAAUUAUAAUGUCAAUUAUAAUCCCUAUAAUAGUGUAAUGCAAGAAAAUGAAAAGAAAAGUGUUGGAAAUGUAAAUAAUAAAGUUGUUUUACAUAAAAAUUUUUUAUCAGCUGAAUAUGAGAUGAAAUAUAAAGAAGAAAAUAAAAAUAAUAAAAUAAAUUAUUUAGAAAAUUUAUUAAAUGAGCCAACAGCAAAAGAGAAAAAAAUUAAAGAAGAAAAAACAAAUAUCCUUUCCAUUAUUGAAGCACCAACUGUUAUUGAAGAAAUGAGAAUAAAAAAAUUUCAAAAAAAAGAUGAUUCAGUAAAAAUUAUAUGUCCUUAUUUAACUAAAAAGGUUUGUCAAAAGCAUAAUAAGGAAUGUAAUAAAGUUCAUUUUAAAAAAAUUAUAUCAGAACAUACUGAUGUAUCAUUAGGAGAUUGUUCUUAUUUAGAUACAUGUAGACAUAUUGAAACAUGUAAGUUUGUUCAUUAUGCUGUAGAUAAGGAUGAUCAACAGAUGAAUAUGAGUACACAAGAAAAUUUAAGUCAAUCUAAAUUAUCUUUAUCUUCUAAUAUUAAAGAGAAUGUUUAUGGUCCCCAAUGGAUAAGAUGUGAUUUAAGAAAUUUCGAUUUAAGUAUUUUUAAUAAAUAUGUUAGUGUAGUUAUGGCAGAUCCACCAUGGGAUAUACAUAUGGAUUUACCAUAUGGAACAAUGACAGAUAAUGAAAUGAAACUUUUACCUGUACAGUUAAUACAAGAUGAAGGUAUGAUCUUUUUAUGGGUAACUGGAAGAGCUAUGGAAUUAGCUCGAGAAUGUUUACAAAUAUGGGGAUAUAAAAGAGUUGAAGAAAUAUUGUGGGUAAAAACGAAUCAUUUACAAAGAAUUAUAAGAACAGGAAGAACAGGCCAUUGGUUAAAUCAUUCAAAAGAACAUUGCUUAGUUGGUAUUAAAGGAAACCCAGUUAUAAAUAGAAAUAUUGAUUGUAAUGUUAUAGUAUCAGAGGUAAGAGAAACAUCAAGAAAACCUGAUGAAAUCUAUUCAUUAAUUGAAAGGUUAUGUCCUCAGAAUUUAAAAAUAGAGCUUUUCGGAAGACCUCAUAAUUGUAGGAGUAAUUGGAUAACUUUAGGAAACCAACUUAAUGGUGUUGUUUUACAUCACCC